CUGGAUUAGCAUCCAGUUGCAGUGCCAGCAGCUCUUCAGUUCCGGUCACGUUGGUUUGUUUUUAUACGCAUUAGGCUUGCAUAUUGCCGAAGGCUGGCUAGAGGCAAAUGCCUUUCAUCUUGGGUAUACCGAGAGUGCCAUCAGAGACGUGACAGGUACAUUCUGUUGUUUUAAGGGAUUACUGUCCAGAAACACGGUUAAUGCGCAAUCUCAGGCAGCGGCAUCCCACUACCACUUAUCCGCAGAGUGUCCCCUGGUUUUACACCCAGCCUUUGGUGAACUGUGUCGUCUUAACAGCUGGCAGCGCCAACACUUGGAUAAGGGUGCCGACCUCAUUAGCUAAGGAUUUAUUGUUUCGUAAAGACUCAGAUUGUUAUUAAUCACCAUGGAAACCUUGUCACUGGAGCGGCAGAUCCAAAGCAUGGAAAGGAAUAUCGCCUUUCUGAAGAAAGAGCAAAUGGAGUUGCUUCGUGACCUUCAUCUGGAAAUCCUCCGACUACAAAAACAUUGUACAGAAUUGACCUGUGAGCUGGAGACCAAGAAAGAAGAAUUGAUUCAAGAAGAAAGUAUUGAACAAGAACUGGAGGAAAAGUGCAGAGUCAUUGAAACAAAAAUCAUCAACAAGGAGCAAGAAAACUGUGUUUUGAAGAAAGAGUUGAAACACAAGGAGGCACUUGUUGCUGCACUGAGAAGCAGUUUGAGGAACAAAGAAAGAAAAUUUCUUGAGGAAUUAAAAAGGCGGAACCACAGGAUGAGUGUAUUAAACGCUGAGCUACUGAGACAAACAGAGUCGGCUGCUUACCUUUCCUUCAAGCUGCAUGCUGCUAAACAGAAACUACAUGGUUCAAGGUCUAGCAAUCGGCCUUCUGACAAACCUCCUGAUAAAAAGCCAAGCUCUCAACAAAGUGGUGAGGCAAAACCAAAAAAGCGCAGCCACAAAACUCAUUUUAGGAGGUCAGGAACUGAAUGUGCCUUUGAAAGAGGAAUGGUGAAAGACUCGGCCUUUUCACAAAGAGAAACGAUAAAAAGUAACGAGGAGCUAGAUCCUAUGCCUGACCCAGCUCUUUUCCUUCAACCCAGAAGGUACCGAGGACAUUGCCAGAGGCCUGGAUCAAGGUCGCAGGUGGUCAGUAGCCUUGAACUUUUCCAAAAUGGUUGUGGCAAUGAUGUCACAGCCCCAGGGCCAUCGGUGCCUGUUGAAGUAGAAGGACAAUCAUCAGUUGCAGGGCCAGUAGUCAGAAAGAAGCAAUCAGUGAAAGAGCAAGGAAAAUUACACGCUAGCACUAAAAAAACAGACAAAAAGGGGGAGAGAGAAAAUUAGGAUUGUCAAUAUUUACAAUAACCUUUAAAAGCCAUGAACAGGUGCAAACCCUUGGAUUAGUAUGCUAUAAUUUUAAUAUUUCCAAAGACUGUGAAAUAACAAUAGAAAAAAAGCAAUAUUGUGGAUUUGUGAUGUACAUCUCUUUAAAAGUACUGGACCGUAGAUACAAGGCUGGAAUGUGUCACACAAUAAGAUGUCUAGCUCCUGUCUGCACUUCCUGCAUAGCAAGCAAUCUACUCACAUGCUAAACUGAGAGUAGGCAAACACAAAUGAAGUAGUAAACUGAUAUCACUUCCUUUUAAACAUUUAACCUGAAAGCACAGUAUUCAAGAAUCGGUAGCAAUAUUGCUGUAUGCUGCAGCAGAUUCUGUUCUUAUACAAAUGUCAGGCAGCAUUUACUUUUUAUCUUGUCUGAGUAAAGCUGAAAAUGUUUAUGAAUUAGUAUUAAAACUUUUAAAUGUGUAUUAGCUGAAUGAUCAUCCUUGGAGCUGUUAUUCUCCAGUAUGUUCAGUGAAAAAAAUAAGAGAUGGAGGAAGUAAGUACUGGAAAGCUCAUGCUCCUUUCAACCCUCUGCUCUUUAGAAUAUACUAUAGUGUGCACUGGUAUAGCUUCCAAAAAUGUUUUGUAAUGCAGUCUUUCUACCAAGUUUCUUAUGAUGUGACAAUCAGAACUCAUGUUCAGGCCCUUUUAUCUCUAUGCUUGAGCGGAGACUACAAAACAAUUAAUUCCUUUGCCUUGUCGCAGAGCUGUGGACAGUUUAACACACUGUUACCAUUCUUUCAUGUUUAUAAUGAAAUCGCAUUUAAAUGAAAUACACAUUCUAACACUAUGCUAAGAUUGCUGCUAAGUAGUUCAAGGAUACAUUGAUCCAGAAAAGUAUUGCAUUGGUGCUCAUAUCAUUUCAAUUUCACUGUCAUAAUAAAUUUUAAAAGAAGUGUUUA